AUGGAUCUAGCUCCAGAAGAACUCCAAUUUCUCAGCAUCCACAACAUCUUAACCGAAGCAAUCUCAAUCCCCAAAACUUCCCCUAAAACCUUCUACCUGAUUACCUUAACCCUAAUCUUUCCCCUUUCUUUCGCAAUUCUAGCUCAUUCCCUUUUCACACAUCCCUUAAUUUCACACCUUCAAUCUCCUUUCACUGAUCCCUCACAAACCUCUCAUGAUUGGACUCUUCUCCUCGUUUUUCAGUUCUUUUACCUCAUUUUCCUCUUCGCUUUCUCUCUCCUCUCCACCGCCGCCGUCGUCUUCACCGUCGCUUCACUCUACACCUCAAAGCCGGUUUCUUUUUCUUCUACCAUCUCCGCUAUUCCCAAAGUCUUCAAGCGAUUGUUCGUUACUUUCUUAUGGGUUACUCUUCUUAUGACUGUUUAUAAUUCCGUUUUUGUUCUAAGUUUGGUUCUUCUUAUUAUAGCUGCGGAUACUGAUAAUACCUUUUUGCUGUUUUUCUCUAUUGUUGUUAUUCUCUUGCUGUUUGUUGUUGCUCAUGUUUAUAUUACUGCAUUGUGGCAUUUGGCUAGUGUUGUUUCUGUUCUUGAACCUGUUUAUGGUUUUGCUGCUAUGAAGAAGAGUUAUGAGUUGUUGAAGGGUAGGGUUAGGUAUGCGGCUGUUUUGGUUUGUGGGUAUUUGUUUAUCUGUGGGGUUAUUGCUGGGGUGUUUAGUUCGGUGGUGGUGCAUGGUGGUGAUGGUUAUGGUGUGUUUACUAGGAUUGUUAUUGGUGGGUUUUUGGUGGGUGUUCUUGUUAUUGUCAAUUUGGUUGGGUUGUUGGUGCAGAGUGUGUUUUACUAUGUUUGCAAGAGUUAUCAUCAUCAAGGGAUUGAUAAGAGUGCUUUGCAUGACCAUCUUGGUGGCUACCUUGGAGAGUAUGUGCCUCUUAAGAGCAGUAUCCAAAUGGAAAAUUUGGAUGUAUGA